GAGGCACGGCGCCGGAAGUCCUGGUGGCUCUCCGGGAGAGUCCGGCUUCGGCCCGGCCUUGGGUGCUCCUCUCUCAGGCUCCCUGGCUGCUUCCGGUCCUGGCCUUUCCCGGCUGGCUUGGCCCUCGAAGGCGCGCUGGGCGUUCUCCGCCAUGGCGGGCUCCGCGGGGGCGCUGCCGGAGAGGCCUCUCACCGACGACGAGAUGGCGGAGGUGAAGAAGGAAGUUUUAGAAUGGUUACGAGACUACCUCUGUGACAAAAUAAUUGCAGACAGACACUUUGAUUAUCUGCGUUCAAGGAAGAUACUCAGUAGAGAGGACACUGAAGAAAUCUCCUGUCGACCCUCAAGUCGGAAGAAGGCUGGCAAGCUGUUGGAUUACUUAGCUGAGCAUCCAAAAGGACUUGAUGCCUUGAUAGGAUCUAUCAGGCGUGAAGGGACACAGAACUUCCUCCUAGAAAAGAUAACGGAUGCUGUUUUGAAAGCAAAAAAUGAAAAACUAAAAAGCCUCAAAGGACUGAGCUGUAGCAGUUGCAUGGUUGCUGUAUAUGAACAAACCAACAAUCUCUCCAGGUCUCAGUCGCAUGACUCAAAUGUGUUUGAAAGCCGAAAAGACCGAGAAACGGCCUACCUUCCUCAAGGAGAGUAUAAUACAGCUGCGUUCGUAUCUGCUGCUUCACUUUGUUCAAUGAAUUUUCCCAUUACAGAAGUUGGAAAUACGGAAAGCUCAGUUUUCUCAGCCACUCUUCCUGGACCUGGGGAUUCUGGAGGUCCUCCCCUUCCGCCUCAAAUGCAGAAUGAACAAGAGGAAACGUGCCCCACUUCCAGUGACAAUCCCUUCCUGCCUUUAAGAUCCCGCUCACUUCUGCCACAGUGAACUUAUUUCUUGCGUAAUUGAGUAAUACUACACCAGGUGCCUUAUAUGCUGCUGCAGAAAAGGGGGGGGGGAUCUAAAUUUAUAAAGCCAUGGUUCGAAUUCACUCAGUACAGUAAGACCUUCAAAACAGUGAAACCCACGUCUGCAGGACGUAUUCUGUGCACAACAGUCUCUAAAAAUUUGCUAGGUCCGCCAAGCAGUUCUAUAGUAUGGUUCCCAAAAAGCUAACAGUCAUGAUGGAGGACCUGGCAAAUACCUUGCUAGGAUUCAGAUCCUCCAGAGCAACUCCGUAGUAGGAUGGGACCAGAAGUCAGGUUAUUUUAUAGGUGAUUGAUUGUAUUCACACUUUCAGACAACUGCAGUCCUCCUGGAAACAUUUCCCCACAGACACAGGAGAUAUGUUUCCCGACAGAAAUAUGUUUCACCUGGAAACAUAUCCCCUGUAUCUAUGUGUUUUUUAAAAACUAAAAUGUUGUGUUUUCUGUCAUUAUUUACUUUGACCACUUAUUACGUUGCUUUCAUUGAUUUCAUUCACAGUACCACCCUAUACUUUGUGCAGAAAGUGAAUAUAGGAUUAUGGCCUGAAAGGCUUUUAAGGCGGUCCUUUGCGUUUUCCUCCUUUCCCCAGAUAGUGGAAAAGAUGAAAUUCAACAGGACCUUUAAAAGGAGGUAGGGUUACAGAUUAUGUUUAAAGGUGUAUUAUCAGUAUAAUGUUCAUUUUGAACAUUGUUAUACUUUGUUUGACUAGUAAUUGUGUGUUUAUAUGCCUUCAAGUAUAUAUAUAUGCCUUCACGUGGAGCCCCCGGUGGUGCAGUGGGUUAAAGUGCUGAGCUUGUUGACUGAAAGGUCGCAGGUUCGAAUCCGGGGAGCAGCGUGAACUUCCGCUGUCAGCCCCAGCUUCUGCCAACCUAGCAGUUUGAAAACAUGCAAAUGUGAGUAGAUUAAUAGGUACCGCUCCAUGGGAAGGAACGGCACUCCAUUCAGUCAUGGUGGCCACAUGACCUUGGAGGUGUCUACGGACAACACCGGCUCUUUGGUUUAGAAAUGGAGAUGAGCACCACACCCCAGAGUCAGACACGACUGGACUUAAUGUCAGGGGAAAACCUUUACUAUGCCUUCAAGUGGCCUGUUGACUUAUCAUGAUUGCAUACAUUGCAUAAGGUUUUUUUUAGGCAAGGAAUUCUCAACCCUUGUAUUGCCAUGGUGUGGGUAAGGGCAGCAAUAUUUCUUAGUAAUCUCUCAUAAGGUAUCUCCUUGAACUGGUGUGUAAUCAUCUGACUAAAAAAUCCUUUAUUUCUUCAUUUGUAAAGUUCUUACUUGGAAUCAGAUUCAGCCUUCUGCUUAUUUGUUUUACUUAAACUUUAAAGGAGUUAAAAGUUAAGUAGCUUUGGAAAACGAAAAGUCUUCACUUUUCAAAACAAAGUUGGAGAGACUUUCUGUCAUGUAGCCACAAGGAGGACAAGUUUAUCUCAAAUUGCUAAUCUCAUAGCUAAAUGACAAAAAAAGGUUGAUAUGGAAAAUGUAUGUCGGGAAGCAAUGAUAGUUAUUUUGUAAAAUGCAUGUGUGAAGUCUUCUGAAUUUGCCUGUUUCAUAACUUCAUUUUUUAUUGUCUGGUUUUUGUUUUUAAAUAGAUUUAUGUGGACUCAUCAGACUUUGUCAAAAUAGGAAACUUUUAAAUGUCAGAAGUAUUUAAAAAUAUUAUUGGGGCAUUUUUAAAA